AUGGCCACGCUGUUCAACCUCGAUGCCAAGGUGGAGCACAAGACCGGCGCGGAGCGUCCGCGCGUCGGCAAGUUCCGUAAACCCAACCCGCCGACCUUCGACAGCGAAGACGAGCGCGCGCGGUACCAGAAAGGUCGGCUGGCCAUGGCCGCGCGUAUCUUCGACGACCAGGGUUGGGGUAUCGGAUGCGCUGGCGGUCUGUCGGCGCGCGACGCAAUCAACCCCGACCUCAUAUGGGUCCUCCCGCGUCGCAAACCGCUGUGCGCGAUCGUCAGCGCCGACCUCGUCGGCGUUAACCUCCAAGGCAGGAUUGUCGUGCCCAGCGACACCCUGCGUGAAUACGACGAAUACGUGCCUCUACAUUUGGCGAUUUACCGUGGGCGCCGUGAUGUGAAUGGGAUCGUGUCGGGCCACACACCGCAUGGGCGGACGUUCUCGGCGCGCGGCGAGACGAUCCGCAUGCUGUGGCAGGACUCGUGUUUCUUCUCAGGCCGCGUCCCCGUCCUCCCUUUCGUUUCUGGCUUGAAUGCCGCCAAAGAUCCCGAGGGCGUGACUAGCGUCCUUGGGGAUGGCAAGGGGUUUAUUAUGCAGAACCGCGGACUACUUAUGACGGCAGCGACGAUCGAGGGCGCCAUCGCGACGUAUAUCCGCCUCGAAAACCUGUGUGGAAACCAGCUCCUCGUCGAGGCUGCUAUCAAGGGACGUGGAGGGAAGAUGAUCGAGGUCGGCGAGGAAGAGGUCAAGUUCACAGUGCAGAACGUCGGGAGCGAACACCACGCGUGGAUGAUGGGCAUGCCCUACUUUGCCCGUUGGGACAAGCGGACAGGUGGUGCGCUUGUCAUCUAG